UUGUAAACGAACUUCACAUCUUGAGAGAGAAAGAGAAAAGGAGAGAGAGAGGGAGAAAGAGAAAAGGAGAGAGAGAGAGAGAGAUAGAGAGAGAGAUGGGGAGCGUAGCAAAAAUGAAGGAGCCUUACAGUGCAGCCAUGAGCAAGGACUGGAAGAAGAUGAAGGAAUUCUACGAGCAGCACGAGGAAUUUGUGACUGCUCCUUUAACAGUUUACGAAGACACCGCCCUUCACAUUGCAGUGUGCAGCGGAGACAAAAAACUUGUCGAGUUUCUGCUCGAUGAAUUAUUGAGAGAUGAUAAGGAGUCCCCAAUAUUCAAUCCUUAUCCCGAACUCGAAGGUUCUCCUCUUCAAAAAAAGAACGCGUAUGGAGACACGGCUCUCCAUCAGGCUGUCACCUGUGAAGAUAACGAUAAAGGUUUGGUUAUCAUUCAACUAUUGCUGGAUCGUGAUCAACGGUGGAGGGAGAAAUCAAAUCAUAACUCCGCUACUGACCCUGAUAAUGAACUUCUCAAAGUUAAGAACGACCGAGGAGAGUCCGCUCUGUUCCGAGCCGCGGCCUUUGGCAAGACAAAUGUCGUCAGUUAUUUAGCUCGUAAAGUCCGCUGCUGGGACGUUCACGUCAGGCGAAAUGAUAGUACCAGCAUUCUUCACGUAGCCAUCCUUGGAGGACACAUGGAAACCGCAUUGAAAUUACUAGAAUAUAACUGCGUAACGGCGGAUUCAAGGGAUGUAAAUGGCAUGACAUGUUUUCUGAUGGUAGCUAACAUGCCAACUAUGUUCAGGAGUAGAUGCCGCAUGGGCAUUUUGACUGGGCUACUCUAUUAUUGCCUUCCAAAAACGGAAGACAAGGCUGCCUCGAGUGAAGAUUCGAAGACUGGCCAGGGAUCUAGCCCAGCAAAUAAUCCUAUUGACAAGGCUGCCUCGAGUGAAGAUUCGAAGACUGGCCAGGGAUCUAGCCCAGCAAAUAAUCCUAUUGAAUCGCAGGGUGCCUCGAGUAGAGAGAAAGAUUUGGAGAGUGGCCAUGAAAGGAUGUUACGGUCUACCCAGAAAUCUAGCCAAGCAAACCAGCGUACUGGGAUCUCAAAAGCGUACUCUACUUUUUGGAGUCGUGCAGCUGAAGUAAUGCCAUUCGUUAAAAAGCUGUGGGACAUAAAGAAGAGGCACAACAAAGUAGUGGAGCUUGUCGAGAUUCUGGCUAAAAAGGAUCUGUCAUGGACUGAAGCAGACUCCGGAGCCUCAGGCCGAGAAAAAGAACAAGAAAAUCAAAAUACCAUGCCUGUUGUGCAUUCUGAAACAAGUACUUUUCGAUCCGAGAGUCCUCUAUUUGCAGCAGCAAGAAACGGGAUCAUGGAGAUAGUAAAGUCUAUUCUUGACGAGUAUCCACAGACCAUAGAGCAUGUGAACGACAGAAACGAGAACAUAUACCAUGUUGCAGCCAGAUAUCGCAGAGCACAAAUAUUCGACCUUCCUCAUCCUUCAAGCAUUCGGAAAUUAUCGUUGUUGAGGCAGAUCAACACAGCUGAAGGUGACAGUGUUUUGCAUGAAGCGGCGUAUUUGAGCGAGAAUUUCGUGAGGGAUAGGCCUGGGGAAGCCCUUCGUAUGCAGCUUGAGAUACAAUGGUUUAAGAGAGUUGAGGAAAAAGUGCCUCCAUAUUUGGUCAACCACCGCAACAAAGUGGGGCACACAGCCAAAUCCUUGUUCAUCAAACAGCACAAAGACCUCGCCAAGAGUGGUGAGGAAUGGCUGAUGCGGACCGCGCAGGCCUGCUCCCUCGUCGCCGUCCUCAUAGCCACCAUCGCCUACACCUGCUCCUACACUGUCCCCGGCGGCUUUGACGAUAAGGGCUACCCACCCCUCCUCAAAGAGACGCCGUUCAUCAUCUUCACGACCGCGGACACGCUCUCCCUCUGCUUCUCCCUCACCUCCGUUGUCAUUUUCCUUUCCAUCAUGACCUCCAAAACGCAAGAGCAAGACUUCCGGAGGUCCCUGCCAUUGAAGCUGGUUUUAGGCCUCACCAUGCUGUUCUUCUCCGUGGCGGCUUUGAUGGUCGCUUUCGCCGCCACGCUCGCGCUCAUGAUGAGGAAGAAGCUCCACUGGGCCGCCAUUCCUAUCUACGCCAUCGCUUGUUGUCCGGUCGCCAUAUUCCUAUUUAUGCAGCUUCCGCUGUAUCUGAGAAUCUCUUGGUUCACUGCACACGACUUGGUGGAAAGUUUGUGUGACUAUUUUCCUUGUUGUGGCAAGUUUUUGAACCCCAGACCAUGCAUGCGCUAAACAGGCUUCAUUAACUUGUUAAUUUGUUGGGUUCGUUCCUAAUUAUGGCUGAAGAA